AUAGCCUCAUUCGCCCAUUACAGACCCCAAUUGUCGUCACGAUGGCCGGAGACUCAGCACCAAGGGAAGCGACCCGCGAGGAGAUGCGGGAGGCGAAGCUCCCCCUCCCCUACCGCGACAGCUGCGCCGGCCUCCUCAUCCCUCUCAACCGCUGCCGUGUCGAUACUUGGUACCUCCCGUGGAAGUGCAAUGACGAGCGCCACAGCUACGAGAAAUGCCAGUACGAUGAGUUCAAGAAGCGUGUCGCCAAGAUGAACGAGCUGCGCGCGGAGAAGGGAACGAGAAGCAACUAGACCUGUGGCAGGCGGGACGAGACGAACGAAACAAGUCUGGGACGGCGAGCGUCUGUGUACAUAACCUGUUAUUUGAGAACCAGGUGGGCCAGAAAAGGGCAGCAUGGGGUUGAUCUUGCCACGAGGGUCUUAGAUCGAGCCGAAUUCACGUCUUUUCGCGAUUCCAAAAUGGCCUGAUGAUGAGUAUAUUCGAGGGACGAAUUUGACAAGGAAUGCUUCCCCUGCGAAGAGGAUGUAUCGCGAGAGACCGAGAUCUUGAAGCACGGAAGUGAGAGAGACGACUGUGGCCAUGCGCUCUCGCAGCGGGAGAUUAACGAGACCAAGCUACAGUAUGUGGGCAUGCAGGUUAUUAUCCGAAGACAAUGCCAAAACUUGGCCAUUCAAACCCAGAUGGCCGGUCAACAUUAACGACAAUG